AUGCCAUUUAUUUCCGGUCGUCAGCUUGCCUUUCCUCUUGUUGUCUUAAUAUUUCUAUUGAGAUGUUUUUCAACAAGGCAGAAAUACGAUGAUAUUGACUAUGCAGAUAAUAUUGGUCAAGCCGAUUUUUCAACAGGAUCGAAGUUUAGACCCAUCGAUGCCGUUUACACCUGGGUCAAUGGAUCAGAUCCUAUAUGGAAAAGCGAGAGGGACUUUUGGUAUCAGCGCUGGGUCAAGGAAUAUGAUGGACCGGAUUUGAAUAUCCAAAAAAAGCCGAAAAGUGGCUCCGAUGAAGAUGAAUGUGCUGCCGAUGAGAAUCAUUUUCGAGACAACGACGAGCUCCGAUAUUCCGUUCGCUCCCUAGAAAAAUAUGCACCAUGGAUCCGCCAGAUAUAUCUUGUGACGAACGGCCAGGUCCCUUCGUGGUUAGAUCCGGACAAUCCUCGAAUCAAAGUUAUCAGUCACUCCGAAAUUUUCGAAAAUUCUUCACAUUUGCCGGUUUUCUCUUCCUCUUCUAUUGAAAGCAAUCUUGACAGGAUCCCAGGUCUCAGUGAUAAUUUUCUCUACUUCAAUGACGAUGUUUUCCUUGCAGCACCUAUCUCGCCAGAUGAUUAUAUAACGCCAUCUGGGGUGCAAACCAUCUACCUAUCUCACCCAGUUCCACUAGGUGAUGAUGCAUAUCCGGAGUACUGGUCUGGAGAUAAUCUUCUCACUCCAGAGAGCUCCGAAUCAACAUGUGGGAGGCAGUUCGAUGACUACAAUAUUGUGGAUGAUGGGCACGGCGGAGUAAAAUGUGAGCUGCUAGUAGGGAAAGUGUUUCUCUCCUCGGCAUGUGAACUGGAAGCAGAGAUCCCGCAGUCUUUAUUCGACGAAGUUUUGGGGGCAAUAUUUCUCUGGGACACGGCGACAUUAAUUCUACUUUGCUCUUAA